GGACAGGGCUGUUAAAAUUCAGUCAGAGUCGGGAGUGCUGACUGAAACUUCUUGAAAACAGCACAGACACUCAAGUAAUUUUAAACCUAGAUUUUACUCUCAUGUGUUUCCCAAUCUUCCACGCGUGGUUGACGCUAUUGUUUUUCCGGCUAUGCGCAGUGACCCUGCGCAGCAGACCUCCCCUGGUCUAUUGUGCGUCACGCACGGCACGCACAGCUUCACUCCUCUCUGCAGCACCGCAGCUCACGCAACGCGACGAGACCAGCUUGGAAAAAACAAAUCUUGUCUCUUCACUCUCCUCCUCCCACGUGUCAGACAUGUCCACCAAGGUUGCCGUGGUGACAGGCAGUAACAAGGGCAUCGGCCUGUCCAUCGUGCGAGCGCUCUGCAAGCAGUACCAGGGAGAUGUUUACCUCACUGCCAGAGACACUGGCCGCGGUCAGGAAGCCGUCGAGUCUCUGUCCUCCGAGGGACUGAAGGCCAUGUUUCACCAGCUGGACAUCAACGACCUGAACAGCAUCACCACCGCUGCUGCUUUCUUUAAAGACAAGUACGGAGGAGUGGACGUGCUCAUCAAUAACGCUGGGAUAGCGUUCAAAGGAGGUGACGAUGACAUCAUGUCAACUCUCCCUCCCUCUCUCUGUCUGUCUCUUUCCUCAGGGGCAGACACGACUGCAUUUGCCAUCCAGGCAGAGGUGACCCUCAAGACCAACUUCUUCGCCACCAGAGACAUGUUGACUCACUUCCUGCCGAUCGUCAAAGCCGGAGGCCGCGUGGUGAACGUUUCCAGCUUCGUCGGCGCCCGCACUUUAAACCAGUGCAGCCCGGACCACCAGCAGCGAUUCCGCAGUGAGGACAUCACAGAAGAGGAGCUGGUGGGAAUGAUGCAGCAGUUCGUCGAUGAAGCCAAGAGGGGCGAGCACAAGAAGGGCGGCUGGCCCGAUACUGCGUAUGGAAUGUCCAAGACUGGACUGACGACCCUGUCUAUGAUCCACGCUCGUCAGCUAUCCAAGGAGAGACCGAAUGACGGGAUCUUGCUGAACGCCUGCUGUCCAGGCUGGGUGCGCACAGACAUGGCCGGUCCAAAAGCCCCCAAGUCACCAGACGAGGGCGCUAUCACUCCGGUCUACCUGGCACUGCUGCCACCCGGAGCCACAGAGCCUCACGGAAAGUUUGUCUCUGAUAAAGAAGUUCAGCCGUGGUGAAAGGGUUCAAGCCUGUGUGUGGGUCUGCAUGUGUGAGUCAGUAACCGGCCAAAAAAAAACGUCCAUACGAAUCAGUAUUUCUUUUCAAAGAGAAAGAUUUCCAAAUAAAAAUGACUAAUACAACAUUUUAUAUUAAGGUAGCACACACUAACGACAUAAAACACGAGUUUAUAACUCAACGGUUCAUGACGGCAUUUUUUGUUUUUGUUGAACUUGUUUUUAUUUUUCAUAGUUUAGCACUUAAACCAGGUGGUGAUAGACAUAAAACCAAAAUUACUCAUAUUAAUCCAGGGAACACUGACAUGAUAAUUGUGUGUAUGUGCGUGUCUGCUGUCUUAUAUUAAACGGUAAUUGCGUAUAAAUGUGCAUAAGGUUUCUCACUAAUGUUUUUGAUAACACUUUGCCUUUGCUAGUAAAAAAAUUAUAUAUUUUUUACAUUGGAAAAAGUAAAACUGGCCUUAAUUGAAAGCUUAAAUGUUGUAAAAUCAAAGAAAAUAAAAUGCUGUUCUUGUUACAUUGUUACAUUGUACAUUGUACAUUGUUACAUGUUACAUUUCAUGUCAAAAACAAUAAAUGAACUUAAGAAUCUAAAUUUGAA